AAAACUCAAAGUAUUAUUUCAUGAAAAUGUCUGGGGAUAAGAUGUUAGCAUCAUCACCAAUGUUGAUGUUUCUUCUCAGCCUUCUAAUGGCUUCCUUCUUCCACACCACAGCUGGACAAGUCGGAGUAUGCUUCGGGCAGAAGGGAAAUAACCUACCAAAUCCAAGGGAAGUUGUGGCUAUGUACAAGUUGAACAACAUCACGCGAAUGCGGAUGUACGAAAACAACACUGAAGCUCUCAACGCUCUCCGUGGCUCCGGCAUCGAGUUCAUCCUCGACGUUCCCAAUCACUUCCUAAAACUUUUCGCAGAUAGCCAAACGGAGGCCAACGCAUGGGUCCAAAACUACGUCAAGAACUACCACAACGAUAUCAGAUUCCGGUACAUCUCGGUCGGAAAUGAGGUGAAACCAGGGGACCAGGGGACGGCUCUCUUCCAGGCGAUGCAGAACAUUGAUAAAGCGCUUUCCGACGCAGGCCUCAGCAAUAUCAAGGUCUCAACGACUACAUACAUGGGAGCCUUCACCGAAACUUUUCCUCCGUCCCACGGAAGAUUCAAGGAUGAGUUUUUGAACUUUCUCCAACCGGCGAUACAUUUCUUGGCGGGCAAGGGAUCUCCUCUGCUAGUGAAUAUUUACACUUACUUCAGCUACAAGGACAGCAAAAAUGACGAUAUCCCUCUAGCAUACGCUCUGUUCACAGAGACGAACCCUAGAGUCCUUGAUAACCCGCACACUUACCAAAACCUCUUCGACGCCAACAUCGACUCAGUUUACGCGGCAUUGGAGAAAUCAGGCGGGGGAUCGUUGGAUGUCGUGGUGUCGGAGAGCGGUUGGCCCACGCAGGGAGGGAAAGAGACAAGCAAGGAGAAUGCGAAGACUUAUGUUAACAAUUUGAUACAACAUGUGAAGAAUGGAUCUCCCAGAAGGCCAGGGAAACCUAUAGAGACUUACAUAUUCGCCAUGUUCGAUGAGAAUGACAAGCCGGAGGAGACUCCGGUUGAGAGGUACUGGGGGCUGUUUUCUCCUGAUAAAGUGCGUAAAUAUGAUGUUACGUUCAACUAAUCUCCUUUUGGAGAGACUUCUUGAAGAAGCAAGGGCUAGUAAAGUUGUGAUGCGGCAAACGGUAUUUGUCUAUUUGAGCGUUUUUUAAUGUAUGAAAACUGUGUGAACUUGUUGUAAUAAUAAAGAGUAAUGAGCCGUAACCAUGUUUUUACUUCAUAUGUUUCAAUAAUGUAAUGAUAGUUGCUUAAAGUUCUUCAAUAUAUACAAAUGAUAUGAAAAUGUUCAUUC